UUCCGCAGAGAUGAGAGGAGAGAAGGAUUGAGGCCCGUGUACGUUGGAUAAGACAUGAACUGGUGUCUUAAUUUGUUGUUGAGGGCUUCUUGUAUAUCCCGCUCACUAGUCAAGUCUCUAGCUCGCUUUAAGCAAAGGUGACCAUCGAGAAGAACAUCUCGAAAAGAGUAAACAUGGAGUCUGUUCCCACUUUAUGUACUGACCGAACGAGGUAUCUUUCUCGUCUCCCGAGCUCUCACGGCAGAGUUUACUGUGCGCUUUGCAGAGACAUGGCUAUUCUGAUUCAUGUUCUCGUCUUACCCGAAAUUGAUCUUCAGUUCCGUGUGAGACAAGAGCCAAAAAAUAUAUAUAAAUUGAGAGACGGAGGACAGUGGCCAGUCUUCAAUUUGAGUUGUAUGAGCGUCGUCAUUGAUCUGAUAAGUGAAAAAGGGGGGAGGGAGGGGAGGGGUGGCUGCAGGAGCUCAGCGGAAGAAGCGGGCCGCCCAAGAGAUGCAGCGACAACGGCAGGGGCAGUCGCAGCAGCCCUGAGAACGGUAUCUUGCUGCAAAUCCCCCCCCCCCUCAAGUAUGAAGACAACCGACUGUCCCGAUUGCGGGAAGGCUGCUGCUGUUCACCGAAGCGAAUAGACAUAAUGGCUGGAAUUUAAUUCCAUUUUAUUCCCUCAUUCGGCCAAUUCAUCGUCUUGUCUUUUUUUUCGUAACUCGGUUCGGUUCAAACGCUCCAAACACCGGUAACGGAUCACGGAGCCCCACUGAAAGCUACAUUCCCACGGCAUCAGCACGUGUGACCGCAGGAGAACGAUCGUCCCAAUGUAGUUUACGUAAUUGAUCGCUUGACCGAAAUCAGAUCUGAUCCGAAGGGAU